GCGCGCAUGGGCCCCGCCGCCUGCGCCUGAGCCGGAGCCCGAGCCCGAGCCCGAGCGGGGGGCGUGUGCCGGACGCGGAUCCCCCGGCCGGGCCCUGCCGGCCCCUUCCCGGGGCUCCUCCUCACCUGCGGCGGCCGCGGCCAUGGCGGUGCGGGCGGCGGCACGGAGCUGCUGAGCGGCGGUCGGGGCGCGGCCCCGCGGCGGCGGAGCGAGAAUGAUGAAGUCCUCUGUGCACCCAGAAGAGGAUGACUUUGUUCCAGAGCUGCAGAGGAGCAUCCAUCCCAGGGAGAGGCCAGACUGGGAGGAGACACUCAGUGCCAUGGCCCGAGGCGCCGACGUUCCCGACAUCCCGGCGGAGCUGCCGCUGCGCUCCUGCGGCAGCACGGCCAGCAUGAAGGUGAAGAAUGUCAGAAAAUACAUCCCCCCGGGACUGAUGGGCUGUGAUGCCUUUCACAGGUUAUCCUUUACAAAGGGGCACUUCCCGAAGAUGGCUGAGUGUGCACAUUUCCACUAUGAGAACGUGGACUUUGGCAACAUACAGCUCUCACUCCCGGAGGAGCAGAACGAGGUGACCAGGAAUGGCUGUGACUCCAAGGAGCUGGUGUACCUGGUGCAGAUCUCCUGUCAGGGCAGGAGCUGGAUGGUGAAGAGGAGCUAUGAGGAUUUCCGGGUGCUGGACAAGCACCUGCACCUCUGCAUCUACGACCGGCGCUUCUCGCAGCUGGCGGAGCUGCCGCGCUCGGACGGGCUGCGGGACAGCCCCGAGCUGGUGACCCAGAUGCUGAUGGCUUACCUGGCUCGGCUCUCCAACAUCGCCGGCAACAAGAUCAACUGUGGCCCUGCCCUCACCUGGAUGGAGAUUGAUAACAAGGGGAAUCACCUGCUGGUCCAUGAGGAAUCAUCCAUUAACGUCCCUGCUAUUGCUGCUGCCCAUGUCAUCAAGAGAUACAUUGCUCAAGCUGCAGAUGAACUCUCCUUUGAGGUGGGGGACAUCGUGUCUGUCAUCGACAUGCCACCAAAGGAGCUGACCUCGUGGUGGAGAGGGAAGCACGGGUUCCAGGUUGGGUUCUUUCCCAGUGAAUGUGUGGAGCUCAUCAACGACAAAGUCCCUCAGUCUGUGACCAACUCGGUGCCAAAGCCAGUGUCAAAGAAGCACGGGAAGCUCAUCACCUUCCUCAGGACAUUCAUGAAGUCGCGCCCAACGAAGCAGAAGCUGAAGCAGAGGGGGAUCCUCAAGGAAAGGGUGUUUGGCUGUGACCUGGGGGAGCACCUGCUCAACUCUGGCCAUGAUGUGCCCCAGGUCCUCAAGAGCUGCACGGAGUUCAUCGAGAAGCACGGCAUUGUGGAUGGGAUAUACCGGCUGUCCGGGAUCGCCUCCAACAUCCAGAAACUGCGGCACGAGUUUGACUCGGAGCAGAUCCCCGACCUGACCAAGGACAUUUACAUCCAGGACAUCCACUGUGUGGGCUCUCUGUGCAAGCUGUACUUCCGGGAGCUGCCCAACCCCCUGCUCACCUACCAGCUCUACGAGAAGUUCUCGGAUGCUGUUUCUGCUGCUACAGAUGAGGAGAGGCUGGUUAAGAUCCAUGAUGUGAUCCAGCAGCUGCCCCCUCCCCACUACAGGACACUGGAGUUCCUAAUGAGACAUUUGGCUCGUCUGGCUGAUUAUUGCUCCAUCACAAAUAUGCACACCAAGAACUUGGCCAUCGUCUGGGCUCCAAACCUCCUCAGGUCCAAGCAGAUCGAGUCGGCGUGUUUCAGCGGCACGGCCGCCUUCAUGGAGGUGCGCAUCCAGUCGGUGGUGGUGGAGUUCAUCCUCAACCACGUGGACGUGCUCUUCAGCUCCAAGCUCAGCCAGGUCAUCCGCGACGGGGCAGGGCACAGCUCUUUAUCCCGGCCCAAGUCUCUGCUGGUGUCCUCCCCCUCCACCAAGCUGCUCACGCUGGAGGAGGCUCAGGCACGGACACAGGCCCAGAUCAACUCUCCCAUCGUGGCAGACAGCAAGUACAUCGAAGUGGGAGAAGGCCCAGCAGCUUUGCAAGGGAAAUUCCACACUGUCAUUGACUUCCCAUCUGAAAGGAAAAGGCCUCCCAGCAAGAUAAAGAAGUCUCCAGUGGGGAGCUGGCGUUCCUUCUUCAACCUGGGAAAAUCCUCCUCCGUGUCCAAGCGCAAGCUGCAGCGCAACCCCAGCGAGCCCUCCGAAAUGAAAGCCAUAGCCCUGGCAGGAGGACGAGGAGACAGCGGGACGCUCCGCUCAGCCAAGAGCGAGGAGUCCCUCACCUCCCUGCAUGCCGUGGAUGGGGAAUCCAAACUGUUCCGGCCCAGAAGGCCCAGGUCCAGCAGCGAUGCCCUGUCUGCCUCCUUCAACGGGGAGCUGCUGGGGAGCAUGAACCGCUGCAACUCCUACGACAACCUCCCCCACGACGACAGCGACGGCGACGAGGGGCUGAUCCACGUCCCUGCGCUCAUCUCGCCGCGCUCCUCGGAGGACGUGGACCUCAGCCCGCCCGACAUCGGCGUCGCCAGCCUGGACUUCGACCCCAUGUCCUUCCAGUGCAGCCCCCCCCAGGCGGAGUCCGAGUGCCUGGACAGCAGCACCUCCCUGCUGGAGUCCGUCGAUACCAGUAGGGACAAGCCCAGCCUGCUCAAGAAGGAUUUCGAAUCGGGCAGCCAGUCCCAGACCCCAGGCAGUGCCACGAGCUCUGAACCAGUGUCCCCUUUCCAGGAGAAGAUGAGUCCCUUCUUUACGCUGGACCUGAGCCCCACAGAAGAGCAGGCCUGCAAACCCCUCAGCUUCUCGCCCAAGACAGCCCGAAAACCGAUCAAAUCUCCACCGCUGAGCACAGAACCCACCUCCUUUGUGCUGCCUAGCCGUGUGCCAGAGGCCGUGGGAGGAGUGCCCACCACAUCCAGGAACUCCUCUGCUUCCAGCUGGAGCAAAGAGAUUGGCAUCACUGAGAUCACAAACAGGUCCCCAACCCAGAUGUCCUUGCCCCUGAAAAACAGUGAAACAGGAGCAGGGGAAGGAGCCCACCAAGAACUGCAGCAUCCCCAGCUAGUGGCUGCUUGCAAAGCAGAUUUGCCAGAAGAAGGGGAGAGAGCCAUGCCAAGCAGUCAGAAUAAGACUGUACCCAGUGGACACACCCAGCCAGGAGCAGUUGCCCUCGACUCCCCCCAGGAUCCUGUUCCCGUCAGUUCUGUGUCUCUUAUCCCUCCUCCUCCUCCGAAAAAUGCAGCGCGCAUGCUGGCCCUAGCGUUAGCCGAGUCCGCACAGCAAGCAUCGGCCCAGUCCCACAAAAGGCCAGGAGAUGCUCAUGCUGAAAGCACAAAUUAUGGAGAGGCUGAAGCUGGCACAGCUCUAGAAAAGCUCCAUCUCUCUGCGGGCGCUCCCGACAAGCUCCACCUGUUCACUGCUCUGCCCGAGAACCACCUGCACUUCCAGCCCGGGGCAGCUUUAGAGCAGGACUGCCAAGGCACGGCCGGGGAGCAGAACCACCCGCCCGGCGCACCCGGAGGCCAGCAGCCCCCGCCGCUCCGCACGGGCGCGCCCGGGGACGCGGCGGGCAGCAGGGAUGCGGAGCAGGAGCAGCCCGCCCUGCAGCCCAGCAGAGCGGGGGACAAGGAGCCCUUCCCGGCGCAGGCGGGGGAGCGGGAGCCCGCGGCCGUCCGCGGCCCGGGGGCGCCGCCGGAGCGGGAGCUGCCCGGCGCGGAGCUGCCCGGGGACCGGCUGCACGCUGCCUGCGCGCCCGAGGACAAGCUGCCGGCUGCCCCCGCGCCGGCCGCCGGGGACAGGGGCGCCCCGGGCGCGCUGCCCUACCUGAGCACGCUUCCCGGUGCGGCCCCGCCCGGGCUCGCCCCCCAGGCAGACGGCACCGUCCCGCGGGCGGCCGCGGGCUCGGCACAGAGACAGGAGCACCAGGCAGCCGUGGGACAGGUGCCAGCGGCCAAGGCACCCGGCGGCUCCGGGCAGAUGUGGAGCACUGCUGCACCUGAAAAGCCUCUGGAGCCCACGCCAGGCUUUGUCUCUGAGAGCAGUUCCAGUGCCCGUGGCCCCUCUUCCGUGCCUGUGGGCCCCCAGGGCCACCUGGAAAAGCCUCGGGAGAGCACGAGGGCUCCCCCGCUGCACCUGCGCUCCGAGUCCGUCCCUGCUCCCUCCUCCUACGGCUUCGCGCCUCCCGUGCCGCCCGUGAGGACGCUGGAGAGCAAGAUCGCCGCGGCCAUGCACUCCAACAACGCAGAUACCAUCAACAACUCCAACUACCACUCCUUCCUGGCCUCCUCCAUGCUGGCGUCCUCCGUGGAGGAGGCGCUGCUGCCGCCGCCGCCGCCGCCUCCCAAGCACUCGUCCCUGCAGCCGGUGUACGUGCCGCACCCCAAGCCGGAGAGCCUGCCCGAGCCCGUGGGGCCCGACAGCUACCUGCACGGCAAGCACCAGUACCGGCCCGAGGCCGGCCCUGCCCACGGCUACCUCGGCAAGGCCGAGCAGCACCAGCCCUACCCGCCCCGGCCGGAGCCGCCCGCGGCCGCGGGCGCGCGCUACGGCUCCUACGGCACGCAGGGCAAGGGCUCUGCCGCCGGCCUGCACCCCAAGCCCCGCGGCCGCCCCGACUUCGUGUCCUCAGUGAGCCCCGCGGGGCUGCGGGGCGCCGCCUAUGCCGAGGAGGCCCCCCCGUACCCCACCAUCCGCAGGGUGCAGUCGCUGCACGUGCCCAGCGCGGCCGCCGCCGCCGCCAUCCGCUCCGUGCCCAUCUCCCGCACCGAGGUGCCCCCGGACGACGAGCCCGUGUACUGCCCGCGGCCCCUCUACCAGUACAAGCCCUACCAGCCCCACUCCGACUACCACGUCACGCAGCUGCAGCCUUACUUUGAGAACGGGCGGGUCCAUUACCGCUACAGCCCCUACUCCAGCUCCUCCAGCUCCCCGUACUAUGCCGCGGACGGGAGCUUCUACGACCUGGAUCCCUACAGCACCGUGCGGGUCCGGCCCUUCCACGGCCUGCCCGGCCGCGAGUUCGGCCCCUACGCGUCCCGCCUGCCGGGCAAGGGGCUGUACCGCUACCCCAGCCUGGCCGCCUACCCCCGGGCGGGGCUCAUCAACCACCUGGGCAAGGAGCACAGCUUCGUCAGCAGGGACGUGCCCCCCGCCCCGGACAUCAAGCACAUGUACAUGUCCUGGGACCUGGAGGACAUGGACAAGUACCGCAUGCAGUCCAUCCGCCGCGAGAGCCGCACGCGCCAGAAGGUCAAAGGGCCCCUCAUGUCCCAGUACGACAACGUGGCCCCGCUGCUGCAGGAGGAGCUGGGGGGCCUGGACGCCGUCCACCUGCGCAGCAAAUCCGACCCUGGCAAGAGCGGCCUGCUCACGGUGGCAGAAGGGAAGGAGGGCAGGUACCCAGCCAAGGCGGCCACGCCUGAAGGGGACGAGCGUUACUAUGGGCAGCAUGCGGAGCCUGAGCUGGACAGAGCCCACUAUCAUGGCGGGGGCUACGGCAACGGGCAGCCCGAGAAGCCGUCCCUGCCCCAGAAGCAGAGCAGCAUCCGGAACAGGAAGAUGCACGAGCCAGGUGGCAGCAGCAGCGAGCACAGGACGCAUUUGCAGCAGGAAGCGAACCAUAGGCAGCCUUCCGAGCCCAAAAAUGGACCCCCCUACCCCGAGUACAGGCCCAAGGGCGGCCUGGAGCCCUCCGAGCCCAUGGGCUACCAGCACUCGGGCAGCAAGUACAUCCCGGCCAGCCAGGAGACCCUGAGGCUGAACCACAAGGACGGGAGGCUGGCCGAGGACAGGCUGGAUCUGGAGAGGCCCCGAGGCAGAGCGGCCGUGGAGAAGCACUCCAGAGACUGCUACAAGGAGGAGGAGCACGCCGCCCCUGCCGCGGCCCCGCCGCCCAAGCCCGAGCGGAGCCACAGCCUGCGCGUGCGGGAGCACCCCGAGCCCCUGGAGAGGGACUCGGCCCUGCUGUACCCCUACCAGACCCUGGGCAAGCGCCAAAGCACCAUGACUGUGGUGUCCCAGUACGAUAACCUGGAGGAUUACCACACCCUGCCCCAGCACCAAAGAGGGGGCUAUGCUGGCGCGGGGGGCUUCGUGCCCCCCGGCUUCCCCCACGUGCACAGCAGGACUUACGCCACGGCGCUGGGGCAGGGCGCCUUCCUCCCCACAGAGCUGUGUCUGCAGAGGCCCGAGACAGAGGUGCACGUCGAGUGAGCUGGGGGGACGAGGGAUAGAGUCUAAGCAGCCUCUGCUGGACAGUGGACUGUUUUAUUUUUUCAGUGAUGGAGAAACACUCCCCGACCUUGCCCCAGUGAGCAAAGCAAAGCCCCCUCAGCCCUCCCCUGGCCCCCACUCACUGUUUUUAUGUAGUAGAGCUCUAGAUUUUCAUGUAGUUUUGAGCCACCUGGGAGGACAGGGCAGGCUGUUGGCACACAGGGGUUGCCAGAGGCCGGGCAGGGCUGGCACGGAUGCUGUCGGGGCAGGGAGGGAAGGAGUUUUCCCUCCCCAGACGUGACACUGGCUGCUCCUCCCCACGCCCACAGUCCCGUGUAUGAUGGGCUGUGCACGAUGGACUGUGCCUGCAGCUCUGUCCUGCUGCAAACUGCCCAUCCCAGGCUGGCUCCCAGGAAAGGGCCAUGGAGGAACCUCAGAAUUCAGCCCCAGCAGGAGGGGGCUGGGGCAGGGCUCCCCAGGGAUCCUCUCCUUGCUGAGGCCCUGCCUCUCCCGUGGGUGUAGUGCUCCCACUGCAGCUGCUCUGAGCUCGGUGGGAGCCUGGUCUGACUUCAAGCCUGUGGAAUAGGCUCCAAAGCCAGCUCAGAACAUGACACACUCAUUACAUUUCUUGCUUAUUAACAAGCUGCUUCUGCCUACAAGAAGUUCAUUUCCUUCACAUUUCUCUGUUGUAAGCAGAGGCCAGCUGCGGGAGCCACGUAGAGCAGGUUUGCAUUUCUCACACCAAAAGAAAUAAAACACAAAACUGCACCAAACCCUACCCCCAGAGCUGGGAACAGCACACCAGUUCCAUGCCAGUCCUUCCUCUUUGCUGCAAGGCUGUUCGUGGCCCAGAUGAGCUCAUUCCAUCCUAUGGCUGGCAUGACUGCGCCAUCUCACGGCAAAAAAUACUAGAAAAAUAAGUUAAAAAAAACUCUAUAGCAUCAUGUAAAUCAGAGCCCACCUUGCCAGCUGUGUGUGACAAGUUGUCUGCAUGAGCAGCUACCCUGGGCCAGGUCCUGCAGCAAUUCCAUCAGGGCAUGCUCCUGCUGAGCUUAAGGUGGAGGUCUCCAGACUCUGCAGCCUCUGAGUUCCAUGCUGGGCAGAGAUCCCCAAGGAGCUGUGGCACACACAGAGCAGUGACGUGCCCAGGUGCUGCUCUUCCAGUACCCAGUGAGUAGGGACAGAAGGCCAGUGCACUCUAAAACACACCAAAAAUGGUGUCCAAGCUGUUGAAAGGCUUUGAUAUUGUAAAAACAGCUGCCUCUCAGACUCCCCAGGACUCACACCCCCUGUACAAAUAAAGCACAUCCAUUCCAUUAGGUAGGGCUUGCAAGCAAUACUUGAGAUUUAGCAGUUUUUAAAUGUUCACUGAUAAAUUCUAAGGUCAUUUCUGUUCCGCGUGGUUGAAGAACUUCUCUACCUGUUUUGAAUCUAAUGUUUUAUGAAAAACCUGGAAGUCCUGCAGUUAGCACACAGCUGCUUAGGUGGGGUUUUUUGAACAAAAGGUUUCAUGGCUAUUUUGGGACUUUUAAAUCCUAAGGAAAACCUGCUUCUAGUUGCUGACUACUCUGUAUCUGUUUGCUUCUUUUAAUCUUGGAGCCUUGUCUGGGGCUGUUUCAGUAACUACUCUCUGGUUCUAUUUUAUUGUGCAAUGCUGGUGUUUUAAGCAUUUUGUUUAGAAGAGUUCUCACGUGUUACAGAAUGAAAUCCAGCAGUUAAGAAAAAAGAAAAAAAGAAAGAGGGGAAAAAAAAAAGAGAAAAAAGCAGCACUGUGAUGCAGGUUACCACAAUCUUCUCACGAGGAGUUCCCAGGUAGAGGGGUUGGGGUUUUUGGUGAGGGAAUGCUUUUAGUAAAGUUUUCUUUUAAGGAAAACUGGCAGAACCGCACAGAAAGGGGCCACUGGGUGAGCCACCCUGUCUCCUCUGGCAGGAAGGGUUGAGCUGCCCCGGUUCCUCAGGAGCCAGGCUGGAUUAUCUGUGCUCCCAGCAGAGCUGUGCUGUGCCAGGGCUAGGAGCAGCCUCAGCCCCUGGUUAUCUGCCAGCUCUCCAGUUGAAGCAGGGACAAGUGUUUGGUUCAGGCUGUUUGGGAUUCAGGUAACGAGAGCUGCAGGUCCAACCUCUGUCUCUGAGAAAGCCUUAACUCCCCCCUGCCCCGCAGCCUCCCCCUCCCUCUGCCUGGGCCUUACUCACCAGGACUAUCCUGCCACUACGAGGGGCUUCUCCCAGCUCCUGCUAACUGUAAACACCUCUGGAUUUUCCUGCUCGAAGCCACUUAGUCCCUGUAGAGCCCAAGUGCCAUCCCUGGACAGCCUCUGCUCCUGGGUGCUGUGCUGCUCCCCCGAGCUGGGCUCUCCCUGCAUUGUGUGAAGUGCCAGGUGUGAAGCACCUGCCCAUCCAUCACAAACACACCCUUCAGCACCUCUCCCGAAGGGCUUCUGCAAGUGCACACCUGGCCCCUGCCCGGAGGGCUGCUGCAAACAGCCUUUGGGCAUGAGAGGAGGACAGCAGAGCAGUGACCCCGAGCCAUCUCCCCCUCAGCACACAGCCACAGCAGGUGUGCUCCAAGGGUGGAAGCUCUCCAAGAACCCAAACUCAUGUCCAGCACUGCUGAGCCACAGUACAGAAUUCAAAAAGGUGAAGGCACCAGCUUUUCCCAGGUAACACAGACCAACACCUUUAUUUUAUGUUGCUCCUGCCCAUGGCUUCAGCAGCCUCCUGCAUGACCCCGUUCUGCCAAGCCAUACAGUGAACUAUGCAGUGCUGCUCCUGCCCUGGGCUCAGUCUGCUGGUCCUGCAGAGAGUUUUACCUCCUUAUGGACCCCAGAAUGCAUAGGUGAGGUUGGAAAGGGUGUCAUGCAUAAGAGCGAGCAGGGAGGUGACACAGGAGUCUUGGGUGAGCUGGAGGACGGUGACUGCCCAGUCCUGUGUGGCAGAGAGCAGGGAGCCAGCAACACAGAGAGCCCUCUAAUCAAGUGCAGUUGUGCUCAGGCUCAGCCAUUCCUUGCUAAGCACAGCCCCAGGAGGUGAGAGCAGCUGUUCCCCAGCAGUCCCUCACACAGGCACUGCACCUUCAGCUGCACCUCUGCUGUGGAGCAGGACAGAGCCACAGGAGACCUUCCUUGGGAAGGGAAGUCUAGGUGAGUAAUGAGGACUUGGCCCCUGUGAAGUCUUACGUAAAGCAUUAAUUUCUGAUUUUUGCAGAGUCUUAUCAGGUGAUACCUAUAUGCAUCUCUGAGAGCACCCCCACAACUUUGUGCCUAUGUCUUUGCAGCGAUCCCCCUCCCCUGCUCACCGCUGGGGGAUCAGUAAGGAUUGCACAGUGGUAGUAAGUUGCUGCACAAAACCAAAACUGACUUGAAGAUGUCCUGUUCCUCUUUGAGCCCAGAAGGGACAGAACCUCAAGUGUGCUCUGCCAUCCCCCGGGCUGGUGACAGGGCACCGACUCGAGUGGUGUGUUAAAUGUCAGGAAAUUGGGUGAGAAGUUGUUUCCCUUCCUUUCGUUGCAGCGGCUUAGGCAUGUUCCUGUUUCCCAGAGCCCCGGACCCACGUGAAGGGCAUGGUGUGGUGUGAGCAAACACCACCGUUCCUGUGUGCAGAGUCCUGCCUUGUCCAGCUGGGGGAGGGAGGGAGGGAGGGAGGGAGGAGAAAAGGGUUGUUUGCCGUUCAUUUUCCUGCUGUAGAAGACUUGAUUUUUCUUUCCCUGAGCCGCAUGAGAGAAACAUCCCAGAAAGUCUUGGGUUACCUUUGGAGUUCCCUUCACUUUAAUUUAUAGAGUGUCUUUUUUUGUGAACUGGUGUAAAAUGUAUAUGCCGACAAGCUCAUGUAUUUUUAUGUAAAUAUUUUUUGUGAUUUCCCCACUUGCCCUUCUCUGUAAAUAUUUAGAAUUCUCAUAUUCUUCUCACCUUGUAUGAUGCAGAUGUGGUUUUGUUUCUGUUUUUUAUUUGUACUGUAAUGCAACAAUCCAGACUGAGGUGUCUUGUGGUAUUAAACAAAAGCAACAGUCCCACUGAGCUCACACUCAGAUGUGCAACUUGACAGCAUUAAUCAAGCCAGGUUAAAAACUA